UUCUCAUCUGUCCUCUCUAUUGUCCUUCCCUCUGACAUGCAUCCUCUCUGUCUUUCCAUUUCUCUAGUCUCUGUCCUCCCCCCUUCCCCCCGCUUGCCAGUAGUGCCAGGGUGCUCUGCCAGCCACUCCUCUCCCCUGCCUACUGCCUAGCCAGGUGCUCCCUCCCUCCUUCCCUCCCUCUCUUUCUCCCCUGGGCCCUGAUCCCCACCCGGGACCAAGGACUUCCAACAAGUGAGCUGCCCCAUGGACAGGGCCCCACCGAGUCACCACAAAGCCACAAGGGGGCCUGAAGCUGCCAAGAAGACCCAUACCUCUCAGAUUGAAGUGAUCCCUUGUAAGAUCUGUGGGGACAAAUCUUCUGGGAUCCACUAUGGGGUCAUCACCUGUGAAGGUUGCAAGGGUUUCUUUCGCCGGAGCCAGCAAUGUAAUGUAGCAUACUCCUGUACCCGACAGCAAAGCUGCCCCAUAGACCGUACCAGUCGGAACCGCUGUCAACACUGUCGCCUGCAGAAAUGCCUGGCGUUGGGCAUGUCCCGGGAUGCUGUCAAGUUUGGCCGAAUGUCCAAGAAGCAGAGAGACAGUUUGCAUGCCGAGGUGCAGAAGCAAUUGCAGCAGCAGCAGCAGCAAGUGACCACUCCCCCACCUGCAGGGACCAGAGGAGCAGACACCCCUGCCUAUACCCUUCCCCUCCCCAAUGGACAGCUACCCCUGGGCUCCUCACCUGACCUGCCUGAGGCCUCUGCCUGCCCCCCUGCCCUUCUCAGCACCCCAGGCCCUGGACCCUCCUACCCUAAUAGUCUGGCCAAAAUGGGGCUGGCCGGGGCUGUGUACUCCCGGGGGUACAGCCCCGAUCGGGCAAAGGUGGAGGUCGGCAGAGCUUUCUAUGGCUUGGGGAGCCAGCUGUCCUCUGACAGGUGUGAACUCCACAUUGGGGAACCCCGACAUCUGGUGCUUGGGGAGCCAAGCCAAGGGAGGGACUUGUACAGCAGCCCCAGCUUCCGCCUCGAACUCCCCAACGCCUCCCUGACUGAGAUUGAGCACUUGAUCCAAAACGUCUGUAAGUCCUAUCAAGAGACCUGUCAGCUUCGACUGGAGGACUUGCAGAGGCAACGUUCCAACAUCUUCUCCCGGGAGGAGGUGACCAAUUACCAAAGAAAGUCAAUGUGGGAGAUGUGGGAACGCUGUGCCCAUCGGCUCACUGAGGCCAUCCAGUAUGUGGUGGAAUUCGCCAAAAGGCUAGCAGGCUUCAUGGAGCUGUGUCAGAAUGACCAGAUUGUGCUGCUCAAAGCAGGGGCUAUGGAGGUGGUACUGGUGAGGAUGUGCCGGGCCUACAAUGCUGACAAUCGCACAGUCUUCUUUGAGGGCAAAUAUGGAGGCGUGGACGUGUUCAGAGCCUUGGGCUGCAGUGAACUCAUUGGCUCCAUCUUUGACUUCUCCCACUCCCUGUGUGCUCUGCAUUUCUCUGAGGAUGAGAUCGCUCUCUACACUGCCCUUGUCCUCAUCAAUGCCAACAGGCCAUGGUUACAAGAGAAAAGGAAGGUGGAGCAGUUGCAGCACAGUUUGGAGCUGGCAUUUCACCAUCUUCUGUGCAAGACUCACCGCCAAGGCAUCCUGGCUAAGCUGCCACCCAAAGGGAAGCUUCGGAGCUUAUGUAGCCAGCACGUGGAGGAGUUGCAAUCCUUCCAGCACCUCCAUCCUGUUGUUGUCCAAGCUGCCUUCCCUCCGCUCUACAAGGAACUCUUCAGUACAGAAACUGAGCCCCCCUGGAGUGCUAUCUGAUUGAGCUGAAUGGCCAAUUCCCCUCCCCACCACAGUCUCCUGUCCUAACCUCAAGCCCUCCACAGCUGUCUCCCCACUGCCCAACCAUCAUCUGCUUUCUCCAAGUCCUCCCACCCCCACCCCUUCCCAUGGCCUCCAGAAGUGGCCUGGGGUAAGUUACCAUUCAGGCCAAGUGAUUGAAUUCAUUCCCUGAAGCAGGCUCACCCUUACUGACCAGUCUGGCAGUAGUAUAGAUGGCUAGAGGGAAGAGAUGCUGGGAUCUCACCAGCUACAACUUUAUGAAGCUUCAUUUUCCCCAUCCCUCUAAGCUUCUUUGAGGCCUAAGGAGCAGAUAGUGGAUAUGGGCAAGAGACGAAUCAAGGCAGCAGAGAAACUCGGGGGGCCACACUGGACAAAUUCCAAUUCUUAGCUCUGAACCCAAGAGGGGGUUUUUGAAAUACCUCAUUUCAUUUCCCAGAGGGCUGUGGCCAGGGAAGCUAGAUCAAGUUCAAAGACAGUUCAAACCCAAAAGGAACUGUUCAUUUUAUACAUCACCCAGAAGUUCAUCUUUCCAUCCUUUUCUUCCAGGUUUUGAUAGAAAAUGAACAGCCACAUUUCUUCACUGCCUUUUCAGGGGGCUUAGGAGAAACUAAAUGUGUUAAUGGUGUGGGCAGGGGUGGAGAAGGGGAGGAGUAGAGAUAGUAACUGCAAGAGUUCAGUGUGUAGGGGUGAUGGGGAACAAUACCAGGUUAACAAAUAUGAAGGGAAGAUGAGAACAAAAGUCACAUGCACUUUAUACACAGGAUACAGGAAUUGAUACAAUCACAAGCCAUAUAAGUGUUCAUAUAAAGGAGAAACACUUAAAGAUACAUAAACAAGGUCCUAUCCAAAUCCGCAAUCACACCCAUAUGGGGCUUCAGGAAGAAGUCCCUAGUACUUGGAGAUCCCGGAAGAAUGAUGAGGCAGAUCUUCCGAAUUCCACUGUCCUUAAGAAUUCCUGCUUUAGGUCUGGGAUGCUGCCACCUCUCAGCAUAGUGUCAGCAGCAUUCGGCCAUUGUACCUCAUGGCAUCAACAUGAGUAAGAACAGCUGGGCACAGACCAAGGAGACAACCGAAGUUGAUGACACCACCUCCAUGUCCUCAAAGGAUCCCCUCUGUCCCACCCGCCACACUUGCUCCUUGUUCUGGGGAGAAGAUGACACAGUAUCAUACAUUCUGCGAAAUGUCAGUUCCAGGCUCACAGACUGGGUGGAGAGGGGAGAGGGGUUGAAGGUAGCCCUCAAAUACCCCCCAAGACCUCUAUCCUGCCCCUGGACUUUUUACACCCUUACAAAUGAUUACUGUCCUACCCUUUGGUGGUGUAGGGCAGUUGAAGGGAGUGAUGAAAGCUGAAAAUCUCAUUACUUUUACUCUCUGGGGAAGGGUAACAAGGGAAAACGCAAUUCUAGAUUUGUGUCAUUCUUUAUAAGGUAAUUUUAAAAGGUGAUGGAGAGGGAGGCUAGAGAGAGCAGAAAACAACAGUUGCAGUGAGAAAAUCAAAAAUGUCUGCACUACCAUUGGCCAAAGUUAAACAAGGUUACCCAGAUGACCCGACUGAUUUCAUUCCUGCGCCAGAGAAAACCAUCAGCACCACAAUCGACUCUCACCGUGGUAUGGUAUGGUGAUUUGGGCUCUGGUCUGAGAGUGAGGAAGACAGUUCAAAUCCUGCUUCAGGCACUUGCUGUGUGAAAUUACUGCAAGUCUGGGCCUCAGCUUCCAUGUCUUUAAAAUGAAGGGGUUGUAUUUGCCCUUUUAACAGUAACUUUCUGCUCUAAAGCAAUGGUCUUAUGGGCCAAUCUCCCCCUAGCUGUUUGGAUGGAAACAUUUCACAGAGGGGCCCAAAAUGAAAGGGUUUCAGUUUCUUCAUUUGUAAAAUUUGAGGGUUGGACUAGAUGAUUUCUGACAAGUCAGCUCUAAUAUUCAAUGUCUAUAACCUUAUAAGAGGAUCAUGUUUCCUCAUCCAUAAAAUAAGAUUAGACUACAUGAGCUUUAAAGCCCCUUUCAGUUAUGAUAGCCUUUAUUAUAAUCCUACAGGGGUAUUCCUAAAUGCCAGAGAGAUCCUAUUGAAUGGGAAAGCUAUCCUCCCCUAGCCCCGGUGCUCUCCUAUAGGUUCUCUUGCUCCCUGGUUCUCUCUGCCCUGUAUCAGUGGCUCCUGCUGCAGCCCUCCCCUAAGACUUUAUUUAUUUAUUUUGCACCAACGGGUUUGCUGCAGACUCAUUCUCACUUGGUUUGAAAAGAGAGAGAAGGGAAAAGAGAGAGAAAUCCUUUCCAGUUCUCUCUACCUUGGUGGGAGCAGCAGAGACUGGCAGGCAAGCCUUAGGGAAAGUGGGUGUGCUAGAGAGGUCCAGGGGUCCAAAGGCACAGACUGGAUGGGAGCACUGAACCCCAGACAGGAUGCAGUGCCCAACUUGAUGAAGCUCCCAGGAUCUCCCUGGUAAGUGCCUCCUCCUCAGUCCCAAUCCUAUCCCCCAUUCUUAUCUUUAGGCAGCUUUCCUCAUUUCCAUUGCAUUUUCAGAGUGUAGUAGACCAAGGGUGUCUGAUAGAUUUCCCAGCCCCCAAACCAUCCUAUUCUUUGGUUGCUGACGCAUAGGAUGGGCUUUGUCAGGAGGAGCCAAAGGGCAUUUGGUGCCCUAUGCCUAUGGAAAAGAAAUCCAAGCGCAGCUCUUUUCCCUUUUGGGGGGGAGGGGAAGGGAUCCUUAGCCAAGCAAUGGUGAUUCUGACCUGAUUGUGCCCGAAAUCUACCUCUCUGUUUCAUCAUCUUCCCUACCCAUAUACUCUAAUCUGGGUGGUUACAGGGUCCUUUUAGAGGGGACAUGAUAGUUUAGGCUGGCAUCAAAUGCGUCCUCAAGACUGCAGCAUAGAGGUUGGGAAGGAGGAAUCUCUUCAAACAUGAGGAAGAGAUGAUCCUUUCUCCAAAUGUUUUGAUUGUCUCAAUCUCUCUAUGCUUUCUCUCCUUCACCCCUCCCCAUUUCAUCCAUUGCAAUUUAAGGAGGAAAAAGAAGUGGGACUGACACCUCUCCCUUCUCUCUUGCCAGCUGGCAGGAAGCCAGUAGAGCAGCCAUGGAGAUAUCACGAGAAAAGUUUGCUCUUAGAUACCCUAUAAAUAAAUAAACCAAGGAAAGAUC